AUGAAGCUAGCUUUUAUAACUGCACUCUUCGCGACUGGAGCUCUUGCUUCAACCUUCGACAUCCCACUGUUGAAUAUACCAGCUGGCGAAACCCCCCCGCUUGAGCUUGCAGAUAUGCUUACUGAACUCGGCCAAUCUGAACUCUUCAGCAAAGUUGGUUCAAUAUUCAAGCGGGAGACUGCACCAACAUUCACCACGUUGCACGAAGCUCAGCUCUUUGCUAAUUCACUGCCAAAACAUGUCAACGAAGUUCACAUCUCAUCCCUCCCUUGGGGGACAUCCAAGAAGUGCACUGAUUCGACCUGCGAAAGUUGUGCGAUUGGCGCAAAUGUUUUCUUAGCUUCUGGGAUCGCCGCCUGCUCUCUUAAAUUUGGACCACCUGCAGUUUCUGUCCCACUGGCAGGGAUUCCCGCUCUAGCAGCUUGCAUUACAGCUUCGACAGGAAUAUGGUAUGUCAACCUUAUAUCCUGCCUUGGAAAAUGA